GGUAAAAAAGCAGAAAAAUAUCUCUAGCCACAGGUAGUUAGGUGCUUGAAAGUUGGACAAUAUGAUUGCCAAUUGCCACUAACUUCAAUUAUACAAGCUCUGCUUUUGGUCUCAGCAAUACCCUGCAACUCACAUUUCUCUAUCAUCUCUCUUCCCCUUAUCUCUCCCCCUAAUUCCUUCUCUUCCCAUUUGCCCUUGUACCCAUAUAACACAAAAGGAAGAGAGAAAAAGAGAAUAGUUGCAGUUGCUAAGGUUAGAGAAUUUCAAGCCAUGGCAUUUGCAGGAACAACACAGAAGUGCAUGGCAUGUGACAAGACUGUCUAUCUUGUGGACAAGUUAACAGCUGAUAACCGCAUCUACCAUAAGGCCUGCUUUCGAUGCCAUCACUGCAAAGGAACCCUUAAGCUUAGCAACUACAAUUCCUUUGAAGGAGUGCUCUACUGCAGACCACAUUUUGAUCAACUCUUCAAAAGAACUGGCAGUCUCGACAAAAGCUUUGAAGGGACACCAAAAAUAGUAAAAACUGAUAAACCUGCUGAUGGUGAGAAACCUAAUGCAGCUAAAGUCUCGAGCAUGUUUGGUGGAACCAGAGAUAAAUGUUUUGGCUGUAAAAACACUGUAUAUCCGACUGAGAAGGUUACAGUGAAUGGAACUCCAUACCACAAGAGCUGCUUCAAAUGCAUUCAUGGAGGAUGCGUGAUUAGCCCAUCCAAUUACAUAGCACACGAGGGCCGGCUCUACUGUAAACACCAUCACAACCAACUCAUUAAGGAAAAGGGAAACUUAAGCCAACUUGAGGGUGAUGUUGAGAAGGAGUCCACAACUCAGAAUGCUAAUGGAAGAGAAGUUGCUGCUGAAUCAUAAUCUGCUGAAUGAUACGUCUUCAUUCUUCUGUCAUCCUCCUCUUUACCAUGCUAUCGCAACUCUUCAUGGUUUGCUAUUCCCUGCAGUCCAAAUGUCUUUGUGCUUAUAAGUAGAUGAGAAUCUUGAUAUUUCUAAUUGAAGUGUGGGAUUUUGUUUGUUGUAUUUGUUUCUUUCUUCUACUAUGGGGGCUCAAGUGAGAUGCAAUGCAAAGACCUAUUUGAAUCUCAGCAUAUGAUGUGGUGAACUCCAACUGGUGUAAUUUGUGAACUUCUAUUGACUAUUGAGUACAUGCUGAUCAUUGGCAUUGCUUCA